AUGUUGCGAUGGCGCGACAGGGAGAACGACAUGGUGGAGGAGCUGCCCAAGAACGACGGAGCUUUCUCCCUUCUCCAGCUUCCUAAGGAGCUCUACGAGAAGAUCUCGUCGGACUCCGAGGUGGUGUUCAAGUUUGUUGGAAGAGAUGAUGAAGAAGCCGUGUUGAUCACUGAAGACAAGACGUAUUCUGUUCGAAAGGGGGAGACGUCGAACAUGCAAAUCCUAAUCCAUUCGAGCAUGGACGAGAUGUUAGCAAGGCACAACAAGGAAAAUCGUCAGAUUGAUGAUGAGUGUUCGAGCUGUACAAAUGCUAUUGUCAAUGUCAUGAGUCAGUUCGAGCUCAGUAUCACGAAGCCGCGAUUGCGAAACCUACCCGCCUACCUGUCGCGGUACGAGUACGAGGGACCAGAUGUAGAUGAAAACUCGAGUGAAGAAGAAAAGUCAAGGCGGUUGAGCAGAAAGGAUCUGGAGUCCAUGCUUCAAGCAAGCCCCAAGGAGAUUGAGGAAGAACUUGACAAGCUGGGUGCCCUUGAAAUAGAUGGCAAGAUGUGCCUCAUGAGCCAAGUAUACGAGUCGCAGCUCAUGACUUUAUUCCUGUCCACAGCAGUUCUCAAUUCAUGGGACUUCAACUCUGUCACCCUAGAACAAUGUCUGUCAGCUAGCGAUUUAUCGGAAUAUCCGAUACAUGUAAUCACUAAAUUUUUCAAGAAGUACACGCAGCCGAUUGAAUCCAAUAUGGAAAUCGAUAGUUUUGAAAAAACUCCAAGGAAAUUGGACAUAAAUGCGCUGGCGCUCUUUCGUGCCGACGAACUUCUGAGCAAGAUCUCGCCCUCUGUAAGGUUUACUGUGGAGGAGUUUAUCACGGCAUGGACUACCAUGCUUCCAGCUGGGACGACCGUCAAUAUGGACAUGCUGAGAGGAAAGGCGAUUGCCGAGAACAAGGGGGGUCAGGUGAAUGAUAUGCGAACAUGCAAGUGGUUUGUGAACUGCGGAUCCAGAGUUUCGUGA